UCAAUAGUAAGUAUUAUUUUUAAAAUGUGCGUACAUUUGGUAAACAAACAAUAAGUGUAUGAAAAAUUUUUUUGCUGUACCCACCACUCUCCGCUAUCAAACAUAUAUAUUGAUGUUCCGUUUUCUCUACCACACAUGUUAUCUUCUCUCCGACUGGAUAAGAUUUUAUUCUGUAAAUUUAUUUUGUGUUUGUGUGAAGAUGUCUUUUAAGGGCUUACUCAUAGCAUCAGCGGUUAUAGCCUGUGCAAAUGCCCGGUUAUUCACGUAUUUAAGACCAGCGGAACCGCAUACAGCUGCCAGUUUUGUGAACGCAGAACCAAAAAUUGAAUAUGCACUCCAACACAUACCAGAAGAAGAGCACAUGGAUUAUUAUGCGUAUCCUAAAUACGUGUUUAAGUACGGAGUGAAUGACUUUCAUACUGGAGACAUAAAGACUCAUCACGAGAGCAGAGAUGGUGAUGUCGUCAAAGGACAAUAUUCUUUAGUUGAGCCAGACGGUUCUAUACGGACAGUUGACUACACAGCAGAUCCCAUUCAUGGUUUUAACGCGGUCGUGUCAAAAGUCGGACCAAGUGUACACCCGGCACCGAAGCCUCACCCACGCGUACAGCCGGCUAUAAUACAAUAUGUACCGAAACCUAUACCAGUGCCUGUACAAAUACCGAAGCAAUAUCUCACUCAGCAGAUUUUUGCAUCGCCUGAAACUUACUCGUACGCGAAGGUCGCAGCGCCACAGUUUCCCGAGUACGACGGUUAUGACAUCGACGGACCUUCUAACAACUUCUAUUAAUAAAAUAUAUUUAAAUAGUG